AUGGCAUCAAAUGAAAAGAUGAUGUUGUAUGACCGAAGUGGUGGUACAACCAGUGGUUUAAUGGAAUUGAAUGUUAUGGAUGGGUUAGCUCCAGACAGGCUACUAUCGAAGAUGGAAGAGGUUAUCGCCACUGAGAUAAAGAAGGGAAUGGCAGCUCUAAAUAUACAACCACAAGUGGUCCCCGUCAAACUACUAAAGCAGACUAGUUGUAGCCUUUGUGGAGGAGCAAGAAUCUGGAAACUCAAGUGGCCGUUUCCUCAAAGGUUAAAAAAGGAAGAAACAGAAAAACAAUUCGGUAAGUUCCUUGAUGUUUUUAAAAAAUUACAAAUUAACAUUCCUUUUGCAGAGGCACUAGAACAGAUGCCAACAUACGCCAAGUUCAUGAAGGAGAUUCUGUCGAAGAAAAGAAAAAUCGGUGGUGAAACAGUGAUGCUAACCGAAGCAUGUAGUGCUAUACUACAGAGAAAACUUCCGCCGAAGCUCAAGGAUCCUGGAAGCUUCUCAAUCCCGUGUGCCAUUGGAAAUAGAACUUUUGGGAAGGCUCUGUGUGAUCUUGGGGCUAGUGUAAGUCUUAUGCCCCUUUCCAUAUACAAAAAACUGGGCAUUGGAAAAGUCAAAGACACACAGCUGAUGCUACAAUUUGCGGAUCGCUCAAUGAAACACCCUUAUGGAGUGGUGGAAGAUGUGUUGGUUAAAGUGGAUAAGUUCAUUUUUCCAGUGGAUUUCGUGGUACUAGACAUGGAGGAAGACAAUGACAUUCCUUUGAUUUUGGGGAGACCGUUCUUAGCAACAGGGCGAGCUAUGAUUGAUGUAGCCGAUGACACCUUAACCUUUAAGGUAAAUGAGGAA